AUGAGCACCAAGGUGGCCCAGCCAGACCUGCAGGUCCUCCCAGUUACUGUGCUGAAGCUGAGCACAAUAAUCCAGGCGGAUGGGACAGAUGGGAACUGCGUCACGUUCGUGUUGCACGACGAGGACCACACGCUCGGCAACUCCCUCCGAUAUAUGGUCAUGAAGAACCCCGAUGUGGAGUUCUGUGGCUACUGCAUCACACACCCCUCUGAAAGCAAGAUCAACUUCCGCAUCCAGACCAGAGGGGCCCUUCCUGCUGUUGAGCCGUUCCGGAAAGGGCUGAAUGACCUGAUGGGUGUUUGCCAACACGUGCUCAACACCUUUGAGAGGAGCAUGAAGGAAUACAGGGCCCAGAGGGAAGAAGAGAUGCAGUAG